AUGUUCGGGACGCCCCAGGCACCACUCGCCCGGCAUUCUUUCGCCACACGGGGCUUACUGUCUCUCUUUCUGUAUCUGUGUGUGUCUCUCUCGCUUCAUUCUUCUGCAAGCCAUGUCGUGGUGGAUCACCUGCUCGCAAUGAUCACACCUACCAACGCCUCCACCUCCACCUCCUCCACCACCACCACCACCACCACCACCACCGAGGGCGCAGGCGAGGACACAGGCGGGAUGAUAGCAUCAAGAAACAAGCCCGCCCUCCUCUCCCUCCAGAUACCCACAGCCCCCUCCCGGAAAAGCUGGUCACACGGCGACCUAGACAGACACCGCGCCGAGGUCAAGUUCGGCAAAGCCAAACUGGCCAGGCUGCUGAGGCCCGAGGGCGUCCAGACCGUCAAGAUCAACACCAAGUUUGGCGAGGCCAAGUUGGCGCGGCUGCUGCGGCCCGAGGGCGUCCAGUCUAUCCGGGGGGAGAAUGUGCACGGUAGGGUGGUGUGGAAGAUUGUGACGCCCAAAACCACGACGACGACCACGACCACGACGACGCCAGAUAUGGUGGGACAAAUCAAGAGUACGUGCGAGUGA